AGCUCUUUUUAUCAGUUGAAUCAAUCAUCAAGCAAGCUAAUUCCAUGGCGACAGUUUCCGACAACAAACCUCAUGUAUUGGCGGUUCCGCUCCCUGCCCAAGGCCACGUGAAGCCGCUCAUGAGCCUCUGCCGCCAAAUAGCCAAACACGGCAUUAAGGUCACCUUUGUUAACGCCCAAUCUAUACAUCACAAAAUACUUUCUGAAUCUGCUGCUGAAGAAGAAGAUGAUGAUUCCGACGCCAACAUAGUGAUGACGACAGUCCCCGACGGGCUAACGCCGACGGACGAUCCAAACAGCCCCUUUACGCUGUUUCAAACUCUUCCAAAGACGAUGCCGCAAACCUUGCCAGAAUUAAUUGAGAGGAUUAAUGGUGAGAAUCCAAACCAGAAAAUCAGCUGUGUGAUCGCUGAUCUUUCGUUUGGGUGGAUUUCGGAGAUAGCAGAAAAGAAGGGGGCUGAAUUUGUAGGCUUUUCACCCCCUUCCUUUGCGUCCCUUGCCGUACUGCUUCAAAUUCCGAACCUCAUUCAACAAGGAUAUCUUGAUACAAACGGAUCACUGGAGAAAAUUGAUCUGGUCAGCCUCUCCGACGACAUACCAAGCUGGAGAAAAGAUGAGUUUCCUUGGAGCAUUUCCAGCGACCUGAAAAUUCAAAAAAUCAUCUUCGAUACUGUGCAAUCAUAUAAAGCUGCGGAUAAAGCUAAAUGGUUGCUAUCCAAUACUUGUUAUGAACUCGAACCCGCAGCUUGUGACUUAUACCCAGGCUUUCUCCCCAUCGGGCCGCUGCAUUUAGUCGAGGAAGCGAAGACGAUGGAGAAAUCUCGUUACGAUUUCGGCAACUUUUACUCAGAAGAUGCAACUUGCUUGAUCUGGUUGGACACUAAACCGCCUGGAUCGGUAGUUUACGUUUCUUUCGGCAGCUUAUCAUUUUACUCUCAGCAACAGUUACAUGAACUGGCUCUCGGGCUCGAGCUUUCACGCCGGGAUUUUCUGUGGGUCGUUAGGCGGGACCUUGCGAAUGGGUUGCAGGCUAUUUUACCCGACGGGUUUCUGGAGAGGGUGGUUGGGUUUGGAAAGAUUGUUGAGUGGGCACCGCAGGAUGAAGUUCUGUCUCAUCCGGCUAUUGCGUGUUUUGUGUCACACUGUGGAUGGAACUCGACUCUGGAAGGUGUUAGUAAAGGCGUCCCGUAUCUGUGCUGGCCUUAUUUUGCGGAUCAAUUCCACAACGAGAGUUACAUUUGUGAUAAGUGGGAGAUUGGGUUGAGAAUUGAUUGUGAUGAAAAUAGGAUUAGAUCGAGAUAUGAAAUCAUGAAGAAAAUCGACAUGCUUUUAUGUGAGAGCAGGUUUAAGGAAAACGCAUUGAAACUCAAGGAAACGUGUGCCAAGAGCAUUGGAGAAAGGCGAUCAUCUUAUAUAAAUCUAAUGACAUUUAUCGAUCAUCUUAGAAAGUGCACUAUAUCUUGAAAAUUAGGACAAUAACUUUCGAACUUGUAAAAAUAGGACAUUAAUUAAUAAACGUUACACCCGCAGGAUAUUUCUCGGCCAAUUAUCAAAUUUUCGGACUUUUCCAUACGGACCAAGCACAUGACAUCCUAUCUAGAGCCGUAAAAAUGACGUGCUUGC